AGCCCGAGGUCAGCAAGAGGAACUAUAGAGGCAACAACCUGGUCAGGGACAUGGAGUUCUCAACUUAUUGUGGUUCAGAUGGAGCCAGGGAAUAUUCUGCGUGAGAAGUGUCAGUUGGACCUGCACGUGGAGAGGAACCUGGAGUGUGACAUCAGCCAUAGAGCCCCGGACUGGCAGGUCAGCGGCAAACUGUCCUCCAUCUACUGUCACCUUGACCUUGCCCAGUACAAGCUGGUCCGAGGGAUCCUGGGGCACAACUUGGGGGAGAAGGUGGAACAGUUACGCACUCCCAUGAUGACUCACCUGCAGGACCACAAAAUACAGACUGUGUUGGCGGUGAUGUGUACAAGUGUAUCAGCAUGGUGGUGGACCUGCACAGCGUCAGCGUGGAGCUCCUGAUGACCCCGACCAGGGACCAAGCUACCCG